GCUUUACGCUCCCUCACUGCGACAUACACAAUCAGUUUUUGCGCCGCACUCAACGGUACGGUAUCAGUAAGUGGUCGUCGCCACAGCAGCGCGUUACAAACAGAAUCGCAGUAGAAAAUACAAAGCGGCGUCGUAAAUCGCAUGCCGUUACAUAGCGCAGAUUUUCAUUAAGCGAAUUUUACAUUACGUUGGACCUCACAUAAAUAUUUGUAGAUAUAUACAUACAUAUAGAGUUCAAUAUUAUCACCGCGCUCUUUGACUUGAAGCGCUCUUGUUGUUACAUAUGUACAUAUAUGGUCAGCGCACGCCCGCUAUAAACGCCAACAAAACUCUGCUUACGACCCAUUGGCACCAUAGCCUUUAACAAGCGCGCGCGCUCUCGCUCUCUACGCACCCGUUGACCCAUACGUAGACGCGCGGUCGUCGUAAUCGCAAUCGUCGUUACCGUUAGUUGGCUUUCUUGAUUUCUUCCAAUCUAAGUCGAAAAAUCGUAUCAAUUGGAAGCGUCGGAUUGGCGUUUUUAUUCCACCAGUUGGGUGGGGAUGUUUUCGUUUUCGCUCGCCAGUGCUGCCAUUACCAAACGCGCGCGUUCCAUUCACUAGCAGCAGCACCGACACCCGCGCUCUCCGGCGCUUAGCUUUUGAAAACGACUGAACCGCUCAGCCACCACCAACGCCAAAUAGCUACUACUCGGUUGGGGUAACUAACUGUGUGACAUAUAGCGCGCUGGACCGUGCGGCAUAUGUACACAUACAUAUGUACAGCAUCAACUACUGUAUAUUUGCUUUGGCAGGUUGUGUACGGUAUGAGGAGUGCGACAACAGUGCUGUGACAGUGUUAAAGCGUGCGCGGGGGUUGCAGCAUAAAACGAUAACGACAAGUGCGGGCAUAUGUCUGUAUGUUUGUAUGUUUGCAUCGACAUAUGAGGGCAGGCAACGAGAAGUCUCAGCGCCAGUUUCGGAAAUCAGUUUCACUCAGUUUGCGACGUUGCAGAUGGUAGCCACUGAAGCAGUGAUUAAUUUUACUGUUAGUACAAUAGAUGACGCUGAAGACACACCAACCAACUGGCGGAUAAAUACAUAAAAUAGUGAAAAUAAUGUCUAGCGGACGGAACGCGAAAGUUUAACUCUAAACAAUUUUUUGUUACUAACGUUACGCGUGCAAGGCACAAAUGUGGCAAUAAAGCAUUUUUAAUAAAAAAAAAUUAUUUAAAAAAUUCCACAAAACAUGAGCAACAAAAUUGUUUUUUUGAAUUUUUUUCUAAAUAAAUUUAACAAUAAAAAUGUUUAGUUAAACAAAUAUUAAAUAAAAAUAAAAACAAAUAAGUGCAAGUGCAGUAAAACAGAAAAAAAUAAUUUAAAAUAAAAAAAUUAGUGCUACUGUGAUAUUAAAAAAAAAUAAAAUAAAAUAAAAAAUUCCCAAAAAAAUUAUUUUCUAAAAUUCACAAUAAAAAAUUAUUAUAAUUAAAAGAAUUUGCCACAAAAUAAUUUCCCACGCGCCAAGCGAACAUGGAAAUUGUGAAAAUGGAAACGAAUCUACCACACCCACCGUCGGCUGCCACACAGCAAACGCCAGCGCCUACAACAUUGCCGUCGGUGCCCCAAACACACACUUUGCCACCGACAGCCAGUGCGGCCGCUGUGCGACAGCAGCAACAACAACAGCAACAUCAUUUACCGCUCGACUAUAGUUUGGGUAAUUUUAAGCCCGCUGUUGCCGCUGAUUUCCCUAGUAAUUUUGUUAGUGGCAACAAUGGUGGCACAGCGGCUAAUUUGCCGUUACGCGAUCUAAAUAUGCGUUCUAAUAUCACAACAACAGCAACAACAAUACCAAAUCCAACACAAUUACUACAACAACGCGUCCAACAGCAGCAGCAACAGCAUGGCAGCGAUCAAACGCAAGAUUAUCAACCGGUGUCGGCUUUUAAAGCUGUGCUGCCGAAAAAGAAAAUCGCCGACGAUGAGCUCGCCUUCAGCAUCAAUCGUCUGGUGAAAUCCGAACACUUGUCCAGUCAUCACCCGCCCGCGUUGCUUAGUAGCAGCAACAACAACCCGGCAGCGAAACAUGAUGAAGACAACAACAACUCCAUAUGCAUAUUGAGCAAAAAUCAAAUACUACAAUGGAAAUUACAACAACCGCUAAGUGACAGCGGCAUCAGCGAACCACGUUCCUACAUCGAACACGAUAUGAUUUCAAGAUCGCGCAGUCAUUCGCGCACCUCAUCACAAAUCGAUCUCGAUGACGACAGCAAUUGUCGACGUUCGUUGCGUUCGCGUUCGCGUUCACGUUCGAGUUCUGUGGAACUCGAAGUGGAUUCACCGCCACCGCCCGCCUUUCAUCACCACCACAACAACCGCACCAGUCCGUUGAGUUCACCGCCAACGACCGCAGAGCUUUUAAUUAGUUCGAGUCCGAAAAAGUCUGAAAUGUUUUCAGUGUCGGCGCUUUUGCGACGCGAUGAACCGGCGGCGCAUGGUGGUGUGACGGUAGUGCGACCGUUGCAGAAGUCCCCAACAGCGGUGAGUUUACCGGGUGGCAUGAAUCCCUUCGAGGCGUUUCGCAAUGGUUAUGUGAGCAGUAGUAGUGGUGGAGGUGGCGCUGCCGGUUACGAGCCGCCAUUCUUUCAACGACCACUCUUACCGCCCGCCUUUCCACUCUUCGCCGCCUUUGCGUUGCAUCAGGGUCAACAAUCUGGCUUAACCUCAGCUUACCAUCCCGCUUCGCAGGAGGAUAUCUUUCGUCUGCGCAAUCUGAUGGUGCCGCUGCAGGCGGGUCAAAAUGGCGACACGUCUGGUCUGCCGCCAAAUUCCCAUCUCGGCCUGCCACAUCCACCGCAUCUGCAUUUCCACCACAUGGCCAAAUGGCCCGGCCUGCCGCAAUUCAGUGACCUUUACUCAUGCAUGAAGUGCGAAAAGAUGUUCUCCACACCGCACGGCCUCGAAGUCCAUUCACGACGUACGCAUCACGGCAAGAAGCCAUACGCUUGUGAACUGUGCAACAAGACUUUCGGACAUGAAGUUAGUUUGAGUCAACACAGAGCUGUGCACAAUGUGGAGAAGGUUUUCGAGUGCAAGCAAUGCGGUAAACGUUUCAAACGCUCCAGCACGUUGUCUACACACCUGCUUAUACACAGCGAUACGCGGCCUUAUCCCUGCAGUUAUUGUGGCAAACGAUUUCAUCAAAAGAGUGAUAUGAAGAAGCACACCUACAUACAUACAGGCGAAAAACCCCACAAAUGUACGGUCUGCGGCAAGGCGUUCAGCCAAAGUUCGAACCUCAUCACACACUCACGCAAACACACCGGCUACAAGCCGUUUGCCUGCAAACUCUGUCACAAAUCAUUCCAACGCAAAGUCGAUCUGCGUCGCCACAAAGAGACGCAACACACCGAUCUACGACCGCUGAUCGAACGCAAUCUCGGCGGCAAAGUGGAGUUCAUGGCGGCAGCAGCUGCGGCGGCAGCGCAGCAAAUGGGACAACACGAUGGACUGGCGCCCACAAUGGGUGGUGCGCAUAGUCACAGUGGUGGUGGUCCGCCCUCCAACGGCAUGAGCUCUGCGGCCGCAGCAGCAGCGGCGGCGGCGGCAGCUGCAUCGUCCAUCAAUACGCAAUUGGCGUCGAUGAAUUGCCAAAAAGUGUCGUUGUUGGUAUAACAGGCACAAUAACAAAGACAACAAUUGCAAUUGCAACAACAACAUGAGAGAUUAAUGGAGCAGCAGCUGCGUAUGCAGCAAGAAUGUCUGCAAGUCGAUUAGACGAGACGGAGAGUGGGAGGGUAAAUUAUAAGAAAAUAAUUGACAACAACAACGAUUAUGUGCAAUAAAAUGUAAAAAUUUAUGAACAGUUAUUCAAAAUUUUUGUGCAAAAAGAAGAGUUCAAGAAUAGGGGUAUGUCAAAAUUUCCAUGUACAGUUAAUAUUUGUAUUAUAUAAUGUAUUACUUUGAAAUUUCCAGUGUUGCCAAAGCAAAGCGUUAACGUUCUGCGCUUAUUUUUUAUAUAAUUUAGUGUGUAAAAAUAAGUUUUUAAGUGUUUAAAAGAGAGA